AGUUGAGAAUAUAACUAAUACAAAUAGGAUAUAAAUAACGUUAUAUUUGAAUGUGUUGUCAGUGAUAAUGAGGUGUUAUAUUUAUCGUUACCGGAAUAUAAUAGUGUGGCAUUUAACUCAGCCACUUUUUGAAGUAAUUUAUGUGUUAAAUGUUUUACGUGCAUAGGAGUUACAGUCUGGUGUAAAUUUGCGGUAAUUUUGCGAUAAUGUUUAAUCUGUGGUACUCAUUUUCCCGCCAUCGGCCACAUGUAAUGUAAGAUUUGUAUCGUUCUGUUUUCGGUGCGUGUGUUAAAAUAAAUAGAAUAAGGUAAAAAUUGUAUCGUGUUAGUUUCUAGAACCGGGUACUUAAACGCGUGAAAUAAGCGGGAGUAGAAUAACAUUCAUGUGUUUAGCACAGAUGGUGACAUAUGUUCUGUAGGUGAGGUGUAAAAAGAAAGCUGAGGUCCAAAUGGCUCAGAAAAAUACUUUAUUUAAUUAUUUCACGAAAUCGCCCGCACAGUCGAAAGUACAGAGUGGAGUCGGAGUAGUUUCGCCUUCGGAAGCAAAGGACAAAAUUGUACAAAAAUCUAGUGCAGGUACCCCUCUAUCAGCAAGGAAGAAAGUGUCAAAAAAAUUAACUCCUGAAACAGAUAGCAAAAAGAUUACUAGAACCGCAGCUCCUGUAGCAGAGCGCAACAAACUAUAUGAAGGAGAAGAGUUUGGUGUGUAUGAUAUAGUUUGGUCAAAGUUAGAUGGUUACCCUUGGUGGCCAAGUUUGGUCUGUGAACAUCCAAAACAAAAAAUUCAUGUUAAAGGAAAUGACAUUCAUGUGCAGUUUUUUGAUGAUCCACCUACAAGAGCAUGGAUUCACAAAAAGUGUAUGGAGAGAUACGUAGAUGGAGUGAAAAUGUUAGCUCCGACUAAAGAUAAAGACAAAUGGAGAGCGGCCUGCAUCCAGGCUGAUUCUGCUCUGAAGCUUUCAAACUUGGAGCGCAGCAAACUUAUUGUUGAUUAUCCUGAUGAUUCAGCUAGUGAUAUUGAACUUGAAGAUGAAGAAACUGAAGAUCUGGACACGGGAAAUCAAGGCGUUGCUCAGGAAGAUGCUAGUAUUCCACAGAAGAGGAGACGGAUCCUUGUAUUGGACAGUGAGGAUUCAGAGGAUGAAUACAAACCUAAAAAGGAAGAUCUUGAUGAGCAAUCAGAGUCUGCAAGUUCUGGUAUUGAUUCUGAUGAAGUGUCAGGUCCUGAGAGCAUUGAAGAACCUGAAGAAGGAACUCCUCGGAAGGCAAAUAAACGAAAACGAACCUCACAGAGUAGGCCAUCAAAGAAGAGUAAAACUGCUGAUCAGAAUUCAACACCAUUGAAUGCAGUUAGUACAGAAACAAAAGCAAAGUUAGCUUUGUUUCCCUCAGACGAGAAUUCAGCUGUUAAAAUGAAUGGCUUUGAAGGUUUUAGUUCACCUUCACAGAUGGUUAAGGAUGGAACAAAAGCAAAGCUAGCACUCUUUUCAUCCAAAGAGAACACAGAAGCAAAGCAAACUGAAGCUGGAAGUACAGAAGCAUGGCCCCAUUUGAAGCUUGAUUUCUUGAAACCAAAUAAGAUCCGUGAUGCCAAGAGGCGGACUCCUGCAGAUCCUGAUUAUGACCCCAAGACACUCUAUGUACCUGAAGAAUUUAAAAGAAAUCUGACUCCUGCACUGAGGCAGUGGUGGGAGAUGAAAUCCCAGCACUUUGAUUGUAUUCUGUUCUUCAAAGUUGGGAAAUUCUAUGAACUCUUCCAUAUGGAUGCUGUGACAGGUGUCACUGAACUUGGAUUGCAGUACAUGAGGGGAGAUAAUGCGCAUUCUGGAUUUCCUGAAAUAGCCUAUGGGAGAUUUGCCAGCAGCCUUAUAGAGAAAGGCUACAAGGUGGCUCGUAUUGAGCAGACUGAGACACCAGAGAUGAUGGGGGAACGCUGCAAAGGAAUGGGGAAAGUUACCAAAUUUGAUAAGGUAGUGAAGAGAGAAAUAUGCCAGAUUACAGCAAAGGGAACCAGAGUCUUCAGUGUUAUUGAUGGGGAUGCGAGCAGUGCAGAAAAUAGUUACCUUUUUGCUGUCACUGAGAAGUCUGCAGGGGAUUCUGUUUCAUAUGGAAUAUGUUUUAUUGAUACAUCGAUUGGAGUAUUUCAUUUGGGACAGUUUGUUGAUGAUAGACAUUGUUCACGUCUGAGGACCCUGGUUGCUCACCAUCCACCUGUACAGGUGUUGUACGAGAAGAGAGCUCUCUCUGAAAAAACAUUACAGCUUCUUAACUCAUCCUUGGCAUCAGUGCUGAAAGAAUCCCUUGCUCCUGAAACAGAAUUUUGGAGUGCUCACAAGACACUAACAACAUUAGCAGAAGGGGGUUAUUUCUCUUCAGAAUCUUCAGGAGUAAAUUGGCCAGAGGGGCUGAAGAAAUUUCUGAAUGAAGCUGACACCUUGGGACUUACUGCCCAUGAUAACUAUGAAUUAGCUGUGCGGGCUUUGGGCGCUUGCACUUGGUAUCUGAAGGAAAGUUUUUUGGAUCAGCAGCUGUUAUCCAUGGGAAGGUUUGAGAUCUAUCAGCCACACGAUCUAGUAGAAAAUGCGAGGCCCGUCUUGACUGUGGUCUCCAAGGCUUCCUUCAGCAAGCACAUGAUUUUGGAUGGCAUAACACUGUGCAAUCUAAACAUUGUCAAUGACAGUUCUGGUGAAAAUGAUGGAACUUUGUUACAGAAAUUGGACCUUUGCUGCACACCUUUUGGAAAGCGGUUAUUACGUCACUGGCUGUGCAGUCCUCUCUGUGAUGUUGAUGGUAUUGCAGCGCGACAAGAGGCUAUCACAUGGCUGUUGGGUAACACAUCAUUAAUGGCUGAAGCUCAAGAAAUGCUUAGUCAACUACCAGAUCUAGAAAGGUUGCUAAGCAAGGUUCACACAGAGGGCAAUGCAUUAAGAAGCCAAACUCAUCCAGACAGUCGAGCAAUCUUCUUCGAGGACCAUAUAUACUCAAAGAGAAGAAUAUUAGAAUUUAUAUCAACUUUGGCAGGUUUUAAAUCUGCAGAAAAAAUAGCUUCACUGAUUCAAGGUGAACUUGCAACAUCAAGCUCAAAGUUAUUGGUGCAGUGUACUAGCAAUAAACAGCAGAAUCCAGCUGGGAAAUUUCCUGAUCUUGCAGGUGCUCUUCACUUUUUUGAGACUGCAUUUGACCAUGAACAGGCCAAGGAAGCUGGUCGUAUCAACCCAAGUAAAGGUAUUGAUCCAGAGUACGAUUCUGUGAUGGAAGAAUUGCAGGGGUUAAAACAGGAGUUAGAUGAGUACCUGAACAGCCAAAGGAAGUAUUUUGGAUGUAAGGUGACAUAUUGUGGGUCUGACAAGAAGAGAUUUCAACUUGAAGUUCCUGAUAGCUUUACCAAAAAGGCUGGAAAAGAUUAUGAACUUCAGGGACAAAGGAAAGGAUUCAAGAAGUACUGGACUUCUGAGACUAAGGAGCUGCUGUCCCGUCAAAUUGCUGCAGAAGAUCAACAGAAAACUGUAUUAAAGGAUUUAAAUCGCAGGAUAUUUGCCAGAUUUAGUUCAUACUAUGAAAUAUGGAAUACAGCAGUACAGUGUCUGUCUGUGUUGGAUGUUAUGAUGUCGCUUGCUGAAUAUGUGCGUAGUGAAGGAGGUGAAAUGUGCGUCCCAGAAUUUGUUAUGCCACCCGAGGAAAUGAAGCCCUUCUUGAAGAUCACGGACGGUCGUCAUCCUUGUGUUUCAUCAGUGGAUGGAUUCAUUCCAAAUGAUACUGCGAUUGGAUGCGGAGAAGAUGCAGCUAGUCUGGUACUAGUAACAGGACCAAACAUGGGAGGGAAAUCUACUCUCAUGCGUCAAGUUGGUCUCCUGGUUGUAAUGGCUCAUAUGGGUUGCCAUGUCCCAGCUGCUUCCUGUCAUCUCAGCCCUGUGGAUCGCAUAUUCACCCGUCUGGGAGCUAAUGACGACAUCAUGGCAGGGGAGAGCACUUUCUAUGUGGAGCUGAGUGAGACAGCUGCAGUGCUGCACCAUGCAACAAAACAUUCCCUUGUUCUUGUAGAUGAGCUGGGACGUGGAACGUCAACACAUGACGGCACUGCAAUUGCUGCAGCUGUUGUGCAAGAAUUGGGAAAUUUAGGAUGCCGAACAUUGUUUUCUACACAUUACCACACUCUGGUGGAAGACUUCAGACAUUCAGAAUAUGUCACAUUGGGCCACAUGGCAUGCAUGGUAGAGAAUGAGAAUGAAGAAGAUCCAUCGGAAGAAACCGUGACUUUCCUGUAUAAAUUUGCGUCUGGUGCUUGUCCAAAGUCUUAUGGUUUUAAUGCUGCUCGUCUUGCUGGAAUUCCAUCUGAUAUCAUUCGCACUGGCUACAACAAAGCUGCCCAACUUGAGAAAGAUGGAGAUCAAAGGAAAUUGUUCCAGCAGUUGUUUGGUAAAAAGCAGAACUCAUCAGAUAUAACUUCACUGAUUGAACGGGUUCGGUCAGUACUUUGAAAAACAAAUAUCCUUUGACAUGCAAGAACAUUGUUGUCUUCAGAUCUUUAUGUUUGUGGUAAAACGGUUAUCCUCCUUAUUUACUGCCAUGUAACUGUACUGUGUUGCAGCUUGUAGUGAUUUUUCUGCUAAGUUUAUGUAUAUGUAUAUACCACAAAAGGCUCUAUUAAUUUGAACCACCAAGAACCAUUUGAAAGACAAGCAGCCUUGCGCAGAUAUGAGAUGUGAUGUUGGAAUGGUAAUGUUGUAUUGAAGUAUCAUUCUGCUUAAAAUAAUAUUAAAAUCACAGUCAGCUCCUACAUAUUUCGGCCUUACUUGGGCAGUUAUUCACUUUUCAAAACUGACACACUACACUAGUUUUUAAGUCAAAAUAUUUCAGGGCUACUGCAUUUUUGCCGUUCACACAAAAAUACAUUUGUUUGAGAACAUGACUCUUUAUUCUUUCCCGUGCUGUUUUCCUCUUGCAGCUUUCUGUUGGGUUUUUUUUUAUAGCCCUAUGAACAUCAGCAUGGUGUUAUCAUAAUUUUUGUGUGCCACAUUAGUAUGUACUGCAUGAAUUUUUCAUGUUUCUCGAUGACUUGUGUCUUUUCCACUUCAUUAGCACAGAUAGUUGAUACUAUACUGUAUAUCUAUUCAUCACAUCAAAGAUCUGAUAAUAAUUUAUAGCUCAUGUGAUAUUAGGCAUGUUUUAAGAGCAUACAUUUACUUGUUUUGAGUCAUAAAAUGAAUAGUACAAAUAAUAUCAAGCAUUUUUGUUAUACAGAGGUAAAGUGAUUGACUAUGUUGUUUUUGUAUGUAUUUAGAAAUUAAAAACAGUAAUUUUACAGUC